AUGAAUAGUUGCUCUCAUUUCCUCAACAGUACCUGCAGUAGUAAAAACAGAUCUCUUUCUAGUUAUUUGGCGUUGUACAUGGUCAUGUCUGGGGCAAUGGUUCUCACCGUUUUGGGAAACCUGAUGGUGAUCAUUUCAGUUUCUCAUUUUAAACAACUUCAUACCCCGACCAAUGCCCUCAUCUUGUCCUUGGCUACUGCCGAUUUCCUUGUUGGCCUGAUGGUCAUGCCAUAUAGCAUGGUAAGAUCCGUCACCUCGUGCUGGUACUUUGGGGACUUGUUCUGUAAGCUUCACAGUUGCUUUGAUAUGAUGCUGUGCACAAGCUCCAUAUUUCAUCUCUUCUUCAUUUCUGUAGACCGGUAUUAUGCAAUAUGUCACCCUCUUCACUAUUACAAAAAAAUGUCAGUUCCAAUGAUACAGACAUUUUUGUUUGUAAGUUGGUCUGGGCCUUGUCUGUAUUCCUUUGGCCUUAUCCUAUCCGAUAUACAUACAGAAGGCAUCUAUCAUUACGUUGUUACCUUGUCAUGCACUGGCUUGUGUACUUUAGUGUUAAAUAAACUUUGGGGAACAAUUUCUUCAUUAAUCUGCUUUUUUAUCCCUGGAAUUCUGAUGAUCGGCAUUUACAUUCAUAUUUUUUCUAUCGCAAGAAAACAAGCUAAGAGCAUAUCAAAUCACACGUAUCCUCUAAGUGGGAAAAAGACAACCUGCAAUAAGAAGCACAUGAACAUGGAAAACAAGGCAGCAAGGACUUUGAGCUUAGUUAUGGGAGUAUUUAUAUUGUGCUGGAUGCCAUUCUUUACUAUUACAGUCAUUGAUCCUUUCAUGAACUUCUCCACAUCUGAAGAUCUUUAUAACAUUGUUUUAUGGCUCGGGUAUUUUAAUUCUACUCUUAACCCAAUAAUAUAUGCACUGUUUUAUCCAUGGUUUAAAAAAUCCUUUGACUAUAUUGUAACGGGUGCUAUAUUUCAUCAAGGUUCUUCUUCUAUACAUGUUAUGACUGGUGUAUAA